AUGGCCAAUAGAAUAAAAGGAAAUGUUCUGAUAACUGGUGCAAAUCGAGGAGUUGGACUGGAAUUAACAAAAAGUUUGUUGGAAAAUCCACUUGUCAGAAAGGUUUAUGCUGGCUGUCGGAAUGGUGAUCAAACUUCGUCUCUCACAUCAUUAGAGGAUCCAUAUAAGAAGCUCACAGUCCUGGAAUUGGAUAUCACAAAAGAUUGGGCUAUUCGAUCUGCUAUCGAAAAUAUUACUAAUGACUCAGGAAAUUUGAAUGUUCUGAUUAACAAUGCAGCUAUAUUAGAGCAGGACGGAAAGUCCGGGAUCGGCAAAGGAGACAGGGUAGCUUGGCUGAAGCAUUUUGAUGUUAAUGUUGUCUCACAUGCGAUGGUCAUUCAGGAAAGUUUGCCAUUAUUAAAGAAGAGCUUAGAAAUGCAUGAGCUAUCGACGAUUGUGAAUAUUUCUGGACUGAAAGGUUCAAUAGGAAAUGGAACAAACACCGAUCUCGUACAUGGAAAUUAUGCUUAUGGAUGUAGCAAAGCAGCUCUCAACAAGCUCACAAAAACACUCUCAAUUGAAUAUCCAUUGAUUAUGACUGUAUCUAUCUGUCCAGGAUGGAACAAAACUUCAAUGGGUGGACCACAGGCAUUGUCAGAUCCACAGACAACUGCUCCAAUCAUUUUGGAAACAGUCAAUGGAAUGAGCAUCGAAAACUCUGGUGGAUUCUGGGAUCGUAAAGGACGACCAAUACCAUUUUAA